AUGUCUAAACAGCAUAGCAUGCGCCGUCUCGCUGCUGCACUUUGGAUGCGUAACGACGACGGCCAGGCUAGGCUGCAGGUUGCCCUAGCCAAGAGGCUAUCAGCCUGCCGCGACACGCCCGAGGAGACUCCCGCCGCCGCCGCCCCGGCCGCUGGCAACGACCUCCAGAUCGCCGAUGGCGAGAUCGAGACCAACUGGGAGACCGUCAUCGACAACUUCGACAACAUGGAGCUCAAGGACGAGCUCCUCCGCGGUGUCUACGCCUACGGUUUCGAGCGCCCCUCGGCCAUCCAGGCGCGCGCCAUCGUCCCCGUCAUCAAGGGCCACGACGUCAUCGCCCAGGCCCAGUCCGGUACCGGCAAGACCGCCACCUUCUCCAUCGCCAUUCUCCAGCGCAUCGACCCCAGCAUCAAGGCCGUCCAGGCGCUCAUCCUCGCCCCCACUCGCGAGCUCGCCCAGCAGAUCCAGAAGGUCGUCAUCGCCCUCGGCGACUACAUGAAGAUCGACUGCCACGCCUGCAUCGGCGGCACCAACGUCCGCGAGGACAUGGCGAAGCUCAACGAGGGCGCACAGGUCGUCGUCGGCACCCCCGGCCGUGUGUACGACAUGAUCAACCGUCGCGCCUUCAAGACCGACCAGCUCAAGAUGUUCUGCCUCGACGAGGCCGACGAGAUGCUCUCGCGCGGCUUCAAGGACCAGAUGUACGAGGUCUUCCAGCUGCUGCCCCAGGACACCCAGUGCGUCCUCCUCUCCGCCACCAUGCCCCAGGAGGUGCUCGAGGUCACCAAAAAGUUCAUGCGCGACCCCGUCCGCAUCCUCGUCAAGCGCGACGAGCUCACCCUCGAGGGUAUCCGCCAGUUCUACGUCGCCGUCGACAAGGAGGAGUGGAAGCUCGACACGCUCUGCGACCUCUACGAGACCGUCACCAUCACCCAGGCCGUCAUCUUCUGCAACACGCGCAGAAAGGUCGACUGGCUCACCGACAAGCUCACCUCGCGCGAGUUCACCGUCUCGGCCAUGCACGGCGACAUGGAGCAGGGCCAGCGUGAGGUCAUCAUGCGCGAGUUCCGCUCCGGCUCCUCGCGUGUCCUCAUCACCACCGACCUCCUCGCCCGUGGUAUCGACGUCCAGCAGGUGUCGCUCGUCAUCAACUACGACCUCCCCUCCAACCGCGAGAACUACAUCCACCGCAUCGGCCGUGGCGGUCGUUUCGGCCGUAAGGGUGUUGCGAUCAACUUUGUCACCGCCGACGACGUCCGCAUGCUCCGCGACAUUGAGCAGUUCUACUCGACCCAGAUCGACGAGAUGCCCCUCAACGUCGCCGACCUCAUCUAA